CUGAGGGUCUCAGUGAACGGAUCCCCUUUGUGUGAAAACACUCCGACGACAAAUACUGCAAGCUGAAAGCGCACUCCCCUACUCAGUGCACGGGGCAGCCAUUCCGUGGACAGCUUCAUAUUACUGUGUAUCAUUUUGUUUCAUUUUCUUUGUUUCUACAAGGGGAAACCCGCUAAUUGUACAAAUUAAACUAAAAAACCCUUCGAGGAGAAACAUUUCGGUAAUUUAACAACACUGAAUGUUUUGCUACUGCAUGUGAACAUCUACAGAGUCUUGCUUUUUUGGAAGAGUUUUUUUCGCAGACCACAAACGGAUGUGAGGCAGGAAAGGUGUCUCUUUCUCUUAAAUUCUGAGACCUAUUUCUUUUUCUUCAAACACUGUUUUACUGAACAAAAACGAAAAGGACUGCUUGAUGUUUUUAGUGAAAUGGACGUAAGAUUUUAUCCACCACCUCAGUCUGCAGCAAGUACAGAUUCUCCUUGCUUGGGACCCUCACCCUGCCUGGACCCCUACUAUUGUAACAAGUUUGACAGUGAAAACAUGUACAUGAGUAUGACAGAGCCGAGCCAGGACUUCGUGCCAGCAAGCCAGCAAUAUCCUGGGCCAAGUCUUGAUAAUGAAGACUUCAAUAUUCCUCCAAUUACACCCCCUACCUUACCAGAACACCCCCAUCUUGUACACCUAUCUGAUGUAGAUUCUGGCUACCACCCUCUGUGCCACCAGAUGAGCCCGAAUGGCCUACUUCCAUUCCAUCCACAAAACAUGGACCUUCCCUCUAUCACAGUCUCCAACAUAUUAAGCCAAGAUGGGACGUUGCUUCCAAAUUCUCUUUCUGUGAGACUGGAUGAUAGGAUACAUACUUCACAAUCCAAACUUUGGGAUAUGAUCAAGGACCAGAUGAUGAUGCAAAAGAUGCAGGAUGUGAGAAACGCUGAAGCGGGUCAGUAUAAUACACACCCUCAAAUGUCAUCUGUGAGGUCUAGAGGGCAACCUACUGAUAUCAGGCAAUCUGGAAUGAUGCCGCCUGGUCAGCUUACUACCAUAAAUCAGUCCCAGCUUAGCGCUCAACUUGGAUUGAACAUGGGAGGAAACAACGUUCCCCAUAAUUCCCCAUCUCCACCUGGAAGCAAGUCAGCAACUCCUUCUCCAUCCAGUUCCGUCCAUGAAGAUGAAGUAGAUGAAACAGUUAAGAUGAAUGGUGCAGAAAAGCGACCUGCCGUUGAUGUUGGAAAGAAACCCAAAACUCCAAAAAAGAAAAAAAAGAAGGACCCUAAUGAACCUCAGAAACCAGUUUCUGCAUAUGCCUUAUUCUUUCGAGAUACACAAGCAGCCAUCAAGGGACAAAACCCUAAUGCUACAUUUGGUGAAGUUUCAAAAAUAGUUGCUUCAAUGUGGGAUGCCUUGGGAGAAGAACAAAAACAGGUGUACAAAAAGAAAACUGAAGCUGCCAAAAAAGAAUAUCUGAAACAGCUAGCAGCUUACAGAGCAAGCCUUGUAUCUAAGAGCUACAGUGACCCCGCUGAUGUAAAGACAUCACAGCCAACACAGAUGAUGACGUCAAAGCAAGCAGUGUUUCAUGGGCCAUCACAAGCCCAUUCUGCACUUUACAUUGGAGGGCCAUAUCACCAACAAUCUGGGAUGAAUUCCCACAUAAACACCAUGCACCCCAGCCUCCCAAGGAGUAUUGCUCCCAAGCCCAAUUCUCAAAUGCCAGUGACUGUUUCCAUAGCAAAUAUGGCUGUGUCUCCUCCCCCUCCACUUCAGAUCAGUCCGCCUCUCCACCAACAUCUUAAUAUGCAGCAACAUCAGCAAAUCACAAUGCAUCAGCAGUUAGGAAACCAUCAAAUAUCAAUGCCAGUCCAGCCUUCACUUCACUCUCCAACAAUGCAACAGGGGUACUCUCUUCAGCCAGAGUCUCUCCAGUACCAGAAUAUUAUCAGUCCAACAUCAACAGCUGCUCAGGUUGUUAGCCAGGCAUUGGAAUAUGUACAUUCAGGCUGCCGGAACCCUCCAGCACAAACUGUGGACUGGAAUAAUGAUUACUGCAGUAAUAAUGGAAUGCAGAGGGACAAACCCCUUUUUCUUACCUGAAGAAGAUGACAUACUCUCCUUUCCUCUGAAGAUCAAAGGGAAGACUUAAAUUGGAUUGCUUUAUGCAGUCAAGGCAGUUCUGCGUCUUAUUAGAAAAAAAAAAACAAGUUGCUAAGCACUUAGGACUUAAAAUCCUCUACACAAGCUUGUGCUAUCACACCCACUGAAAAAAUGUAUAGUUUUACUUCUUUCUUUCAAAGGGUCUUAAUAAACAUUUUUUCUUCUUUCCUACUUCCUGGAGGAAAUUGGGCCAUUCAUUUUCUGUUGGUUUUUGCUGUGAAAUGCUGCGCUAGUGAACUGCCUUAGUAACUGUAGAUGGUUAGGGAUAAGUCCCUACCCUUUCCACUGGUUUUCAUAAUGGGUGUUUGUAUGGAACUACUAAAGACUUUUUAAAUGGCUUGAUGUAGCAUUCAUAGCAAGUUUGUAAAUAGCAUCAAUAGAGUAUAAAAUGUGAAUUCUUUUGUAGCUAAAUUGUAAUCUCAAGAUUGGUUAAGUCCAGUCAAAUAAUGUUGUAAAAGGGGUCAAAUUGGAAAGCAUUCAUAUUUUUACUUCAUUUUUAUGAAUACUGUUUAAUAGUUCUAUAUUUUCAAAAUGUCUCACAGAUGAAUCCCAGUUGAUAUUAAAGUAUAUCAUUGCUCCGGUGUCUUAACUGACAAAAAUAUAAGUUAUGGAGAGUAAAGAUGAAACACAUUUAUUUUAUACUGCAUAAAAUAUUUGUUCUUUUGUACUGUGUAAUGGUUAGUAAAUGUCAUUUAAAACCUUUUAUGUAUAAAACUGCCAAAUGCUUACUUUGUGUUUUUAGAUGCAGAAACAGAUUGGGAACAGCUAAAUUAUAACCUGGACAUAUGGCUACCUGUUAUUGUUUCUUCCUACUGUGUCUGUAUUUAAUCAUUUUUUAUGGAAACUGUUGCCGCCUAUUUAUGAAAUAAUAAAUAUAGGUGUUUGUAAGUAAAACCUUAAGUAUUUUAAAGAUGUCUCUUUAAGAUACAUUUUGUUAAGAUAAUUCACACCUGUGUGAAUUUACUUCAUUAUUUUGUUUUCAUUGUGUUAUAAAUAAAAUCAGAAUCUGCACUUUUAAUGCAGAAAAUA